UAGAAACAAAACCUAAGAAACACAAGAACCUUAUACACGUCUUCUUUUCCACAUAUAUACCCCAAUUAACACAUCCACAUAACUUCCAUUACGUAUUUCCACCCGUUCAUUCGAUAUAGUAUCUGUAACUGUAACCGACAACGAAAUGGAGGAAGAAGACCAAGUCCUGGUGUCAUCCACUUGGCCGCCGCCGCCUCCCUUCUGGCGCGACUUUACGCCCGAAAACAUUGCACGUAUUGACGAGUUACGCAAGCAAGAAGCAGCAAAGGAGGGGAUUGAGGAUGCCUCGAAAGUGCGCCUUCAGGGAUUGCCUCGCGAGCUGCGCAAUCUCCAGCCGCCACCAGAACCCGCAGAUGGAGUAUGGAGAGUCUUCGGAGAUACCUACAAAUUAAAGGAUGAGCUUCCGCGACUCGAGGAUACCGAUGUCAAGCCGCUAUUCCCGAAUCCAGAAGAGAGGGAUCAAGACGGCAAGCACUUUGAUCGUGCACUCAUCCUCAAGAGAUUGGCCAAAUCGUUACUAUUAAACUUCCUAGAGCUUACGGGAUUGCUAGCUAUCAACCCCGAAGCUGCUGAAGAGAAGACCCAAGACAUGCGCCACCUAUUUCUCAACUUCCACCACCUCAUCAACGAGUACCGACCCCACCAAGCCCGCGAGUCGCUGAUAUCUAUGAUGCAGGCGCAGUUGGACCGUACGCGAGCCGAGACUAACGCGAUCCGGGACGCAAAGGAUAAGGCUGAACGUAUCAUGGAAGGCCUAGGCAGUUUAAAGAUCGAAUAUGAACUUGUCGACAAGUUAACAACCUCUAAGAAGACGGAAUCGUGGAGCUACCAGAGAGAGACGUGGACGUCGGUCGCCAGAGAUCUCUAGGAAGGGACGCCGCAUACUGCUUCUCUGG